AUGAACAUGUGGAUUCUUGUUCUGUACCUGAGCAAUGGAUGGAUGCAAAGUGCUUCCUGUGCUGAUACAACCCCCACAACCUCCCCUGCACCAGUGACACCCACUGAAUAUAAGGGCACCCGACUUGUGGAUUGGUUGAUGAAGUAUGGCUACCUCCCACCCCCAGACUCCUCCACUGGUCAGCUGCAGGCAUGGACAGCUGUUACUAAUGCCGUCAAGGCCAUGCAGGGGUUUGCAGGCCUCCAAGAGACUGGAGUUGUAGAUGAAGAGACAAUGGUGUUGAUGAGCAGUCCACGCUGCUCCCUACCUGACCAGGUCAACGCAUCCAAAUCAACGGCCAACCAGGAAGGGAGCAACAUGAGAAGAAGGAAUAGGGCCAUCUCCAUGUGGACACGCAAGAAUAUUAACUGGAGGUUGGGUUCAUACCCCUCCUCCUCCCAUCUGUCCCGGGAAACAAUCCGCUCACUGGUCUUUUAUGCUUUAAGAGUGUGGGCAGAGCCAACCUCCUUGGAGUUCCACGAAGUGAGAAGCCCAGAGGUAACUGACCUACAGGUAGACUUCCUCCAUGGUUACCAUGGUGAUGGCUAUCCCUUUGAUGGGGCAGGGGGUGCAGUCGGCCAUGCCUUCUUCCCAUCAGACACGGCCGGGGCAGGAGGAGUUCAUUUGGAUGCAGAGGAGAAGUGGACCUUCAGACAGCCAGCCUCUGAGGGUACUGACCUGUACACAGUGAUGGUCCAUGAGUUUGGCCAUUCACUGGGCCUUGCCCACUCCUCCUCUCGCCACUCAGUGAUGAGGCCAUACUAUCAGGGUCCUGCAGGAGACCCUCUCUACUACAACCUGGGGCCUCUUGAUCUGGAGCACAUAACCCAGCUCUAUGGUGAACUGAACCAGCUGCUGGCCACUGAUCCUCCUCACCUUGCCGCAGAGCCUCAGCUGCCCUACAAAGGCCGCCGCCAUCAUCAUAGAUAUGGCUCCUUCAUUUACCGCUGUAACACCAGUUUUGAUGCUGUGGCUAGGAUCCGAGGAGAAACUUUCUUCUUCAAAGGUCUAACGAUGUGGCGAGUCAAUGCUGGGGGCUUGGUAUCGGGUCAUGGGGCUUCAGUUAGAAGGCUGUGGAAGGGUCUACCUCCUGACCUCUCUCGGCUUCAGGCUGUUAUGGAGAGACAGUCUGAUCAUGCGAUCAUCUUCAUAAGUGGUUCACAGUUAUGGCUGUUCAGGGACCUGUCCCUGCAGGAAGGCUACCCUCAGCCUCUGUCUGCCCUCACGAUGGGGGUGAGUUUAGCUGCAGCCGAUGAGGAUGAGGAGGAAACAGCAGGGAGGUGGGGCCUAAUCUGGGACCAAGAGCAGGGCCCCAUGUGGGGUCACAUGGGAGACGCUGAGGGCGAGAAUCAAGGAGACAAAUGGACUCAGCUUCUCAGAGAGGGUGUCAGUGGCAUAACCAAAGACAACGAUGGCUUUGUCUACCUCUUCAAAGGCGGCUCCUACUGGAAGUUCACGUUUCCAGGCUUCUCGUUGCAAGACGGAUAUCCACGAUCCUCUACUGCAGACUGGCUUGACUGCCCUGACUCUUCCUCAUCCACACCUGUGGCGGACGACCUCUCCUUGCCUCAGUCUCCGCCUGCAGGAAGACAAGAGUUCAGGGAGAGAUGGACAGAGGAGAGACAGAAGGAGGAAGGAGGAGGAAGGAGGGGAGACCAUGGGAAGGACAUUCAUGGAUAUAAACAUAAAGACAUACAGGACAAAGGUACACACAUCUGGACAAGAUGCAGCUGCCAAAAUGGAGCUCUCGGUGUCAGAACAACAUAUGUUAUUGCUGCCUCCCUGCUGAGUACAUGGACACUGUUUACUAUUUAAAGCUGCACAAUACAAUACAAAAAAUGGAUUCAAAGAAGAUGUAUCUCUAUUGUAGUUAAAUUAUGU